AUGAGGGAGCCCCUGGCUGCUGGGAGGGGGUUGAGGCAGGACGUGCCCAGGGGCUCGGCAUUCCCGGCCAUUGUGAUCACUGUGGCAAGCAUCCCUGCUUCCACCUGGUCCAACACGAAAGGGGGCGGCAGCCCCGCCACCCCCGAGAACCCCCGGAGUCCCCCGAAGCCCGCCGCCCCCGAGGAUCCCCAGAUUUCCGCGCAGCCCGCGCUGCCGCAGCUCCCGUGCCGCCCGCGGCCCCUGGACGAGGAUGGGGCGCCCAGCGAGGACGGCGCCGCGGCGGGCAGCGAGCCCGCACCAGAGGACGCCCUGGCCCAAGCGGCGGGCGAGGCCGGUCCGGCUUCCAAGGCGGCGGCCAGCAGCGCCCCACACAUCGGCUUCGUUGGGGAGCCCCCGCCCUACGCGCCCCCGGACCCCAAGGCCGCGCCUUUGCUGUACCCGCCCUUCCAGCAGGUGCCGGUGCUCCUGCAGCCCGCGCCGUCUGCGCUCUUCCCACCGCCCGCUCAGCUCUACCCGGCCGCGCCCACGCCACCCUCGCUCUUCCCGCCGCCCGCCGGGGCCGCCUUCCCCUUCCCCGUGUACAAUAGCCCGAUGGCUGGCAUGCCAGGCCCUGUCACGGUCGAGCACAGGCCCCUGCCAAAGGACUACAUGAUGGAGUCAGUGCUGGUGACGCUUUUCUGCUGUCUGCUCACCGGCCUCAUCGCCAUCGUCUACUCCCACGAGACCCGUGCAGCCCUGGGCAGGGGCGACCUGGCCCAGGCCGAGGAGGCCUCGCGGAAGGCCCGCUCGCUGGUGCUCUUCAGCCUGCUCUUCGGGGUCUUCGUGUCCACCAGCUGGGUCAUCUACGUGGUGGUGGCUCUCUAUCUUCCCUGAGGCUGUGGCUCCUGCGGGGAUGCUGGAUGCCGGGAUGCACAGG